UACUAUUACAGCAGCGAUGCCCAACCCAACAGACGACGCGAAAUGCAAAGUCGCCGCCGACUGGACACGCGACCUAACGAUCCAAGGCUGGCGCAAGUGGCAGCCGGAGAUGCACGCCGGCUCAGAGGAGACAUCGAGGCUUAUCAUCAACCUCGGCGGGAUCGACUCUGGUAUGCGGGUGCUGGAUCUGGCCUCGGGCUCGGGGGACCCGGCGCUCAGUAUCGCACAUGUUGUUGGAGGAGAGGGACAUGUGAUUGCGACGGAUAUGAGUGAGGGGAUGCUCAGGAUCGCCCAGGACUGUGCGGAGAAGGAAGGGUUGGGGAACCUGAGUUUCCGAGUGGCGGAUAUGGAGCAGCUGCCGUUUGAGGAUGCGUCGUUUGACAGAGUCACCUGCAGGUUUGGGAUCAUGUUCGUGCCUGAUCAUGUACGGGCGAUGAGGGAGAUGCUGCGUGUGCUCAAGCCUGGGGGGAAGGUUGUUCUGGUUUGCUGGGCACAUUGGGAUCAGCCGUUUCACGCAGGGAACAUCGCUAUCAUCAAGCGCGGACUCGGGCCCGCGCCUCCUCCGGGAACACAGGCGCUCACUCCCUUCCGGUUCCAGGAAGCAGGCACACUGGGCACGGCGAUGCGCCAAGCGGGGCUGGAGAACGUCCAGGAGCAAGAAUGUCGCGUGCCCUGGGACUUCCCGGGGAGUGCAAAACGUUUCUGGGAGAUGUGGUACGAUAUCGCUGCGCCUUAUAGGUCGAUUAUUGAUGGUCUUGAGCCGAAGGAGAGGGAGGAGUUUGUCAGGGAGGUAUUGGAGGUGUGGACCCCGAGGGAGAAUGGGCCGUUCUUGCAUUUGGGAGUGAGGAUCGUUGUUGGCGUUGGGGAGAAGGCGUAG